GACUCCGACGACUAAAGUGCUAAGCAGGCCGUGCAUCGUAAGAAGGGCUAAUGGAAUGCCUAUUUAGCAAUUGGAUCAACGCCUUUGCAUACAAAUAUGGGCUAGCAAGUAGCAAGAGAUACGUGGUAAUUAGGGGCCAAGCUAUUCUUCACCAUAUGUGCAAAAAUGUUACCGGUCAUUAGCUUUAUUGAUUUAAAAAAUGAGAAUUUUGAUAAAAACGGAGUUUUGGAAAAUCAUGGAAAUAUUAUGGAUUUGAUGGCAUUAUGUAUUUGAGCAAGUUUAUUAUUUGCUUGUUGGAUUUGAUUAUGUAUUUUGUUUGAUUAGAUUUGUGGAUAUAAAAUAUAAAUUACCUUGUUACCUUUAUCUAAUUAUAUUUUUAUAUUAUAAUCUAAAAAUUUCAUUGAAAACAAAUUCAAUACAUACAAAAAAAUUACUCUUUACCACUACUGUGUGGACUAAUAAUUCAACUACGUAUCACAAUUUGGUACUAAUUAACAAUUCAUCUACCUAUAUAUACAAUAUUAUAUAUCAAUUGCAACCAGUUGCUCGCCUUAUUGCUACAACUCAUCGUCUUCUUGCUAACUCUCGAUUUGGAAUCUUACAGUCAAUCAAAUAAUAAUGUACAAGAUGAAUAUAAGGUAUUUAUAGUUGAAUCCAAGUAUCCAACAACUCACAUACACAUUCAUAUUUACAUUAAAUACGACAUUACAAACGAAAUGAUAAAUUCUCAUAUUCAAAUAAAAUAUGAAAUUAUAAACGUUUAUAGUUGCAUACCCAUUAAAAUGAAAUAGGAGGACGAAUUUGUAAUUACAAAAAUAAGUAAGGCUAGAAGGGUCAAUUACCAUCAUAGAUAUAAAUCCAUCACCCAAAUCCCACCUCAAGAGGUGGAACUUCCAAGUGCAUGGCCCCAUGGAUUUGGACCCCCAAAGUUCGUGGGCUCCACGGAUUUCUUCUUCCUAAUUCCCUAAGGCAAACGAUGGAUUUUCGUUCAAGUCCAUGAUGGAUGGAUUUCCAUCAUCAAAACCCUCAGCAAACGACCCGUUAGAUUCGUCAAAUUUGGUGUUUGACCUUCGCUUUAUCCACCGUACUAAUUAUAGUGCGACUUUUUUAAAACAAAAGAUAAUCAUAUUGAUUGAUAGAAAGAUCAAGGAUUGGAGCCUGGAACCAACCCAGACACAAAAAUCAUACAAUCGGCACGACGCCGGAGGCAAAUAAAGGGUUUUUCUAGCCACUGAAUAAGCUACCCUAUAGCUACUCCGACCCACAAAUCGAACAGAAAAACCACUAUUUAGAGCCAUCAUACUUAAAAUCUCUUGAAUGAUCGCACGAACACGGCUGUCUUGCAUAUCUUUGAAAUUGAUUUUAUCAAUGAGCACCUUUGCAUCACCCUCAAACCGAACCUGAGCAAUACCAAGAUCCUGACACCACUAAAUAGCUUCACGGAGGUUGGACUCAUAUGCUAGUUUGUAAAAUUUAGUUUCUAUCGUUUAUGAGUUUUCGGAAGUUGGACUUUGUUUCAUGAUUACAGUCUCAAACUAUGUAGCAGUUUCGUAUCUUCUCUUGAUUGAGUGGUCUUUGGAGAAAAAAAUACGAAUGUGGUCGAAUAAAAUUAAAUUAAAAAAUUCUUUUUCAUAAUCGAUACAAAUGCACCCUAUUAUUCCUUCAAAAACUAAUUGAGAUUCGAAAAGCUCAUUGCAAUUAUAAUUUUUUUUGAAAAUAGAGUAUGAAACCACUACAGAAAUAUAAUAAAAAAGUUUGAAACUCAAAAGGAAUAGCCGCCAUUCUAUCAAUUUAGAGACUCAAAACAUUAGGUUCUUAUGAAUCGAAGAUAGCCGCAAAUGUUAGGAAUGCCUGUCUGUGACUCUAGUAGGAUGCUACAUUGCUACCUAGAUAACCUAUGACAGAAUGUAACUUGAAUUAAAAGUUUGAAACUCAGAAGGCCUAGCCACUAUUCUAUCAAUUUAGAGACUCAAACAUUAGGUUCUUAUGAAUCGGAGAUAGCCGCAAAUGUUAGGAAUGUUGUCUGACUCUAGUAGGAUGCUGCCUAAAAACCUAAUUAUCGAUACUAAUAUUAUUAUCUUUCAUAUUUAUUUAGCGGGGUAAUGAAUUAAUCUCUUUUUUUAUUAAUGAUUAUCAUACAAUGUUGUACGAAUUCAUACUGCAAAAACAUAUAUCUAACUUCUAAUCUUCUAACAAUAACUAUAUAGGGAUUCUACUUAAGCACCCUAUCAAUUGCAUUUUUCCUGGCUAUUGCGCAUUGGUCAAAUUGUAAUUGUUUUUAGUUGGCCUCUACAGAACGGAAAUGCCCCUUUCUGUGCCCAUCUACCCUACUUAUAAUACGCUGAAGCCUAAAACUGAACCCCCAUUUUGAAUUUGCUGCCUCCGGAGCGUUUCUCGAAGGGGUAUUUUCGGACACGAAAAAAUACCCCGGUUCAUAUUGCGUUGAACGGGCCUGGUGGUUUUCUUGUUCCGUCGGUACGAUCAGCGCUCGCUCCCUUCAUUGAUUUCACCGUCGAAUACAGUUAGCACGCUGUGUCUGGCCAGUGUCUUCACCGACGAAAUCACAUGUCACAUAGAACAAGGUUCAAACAUAACACAAUUGAUUCAAAAUACUUCUCUGAUAAUCUGGGACGAAGCACCGAUGGCUCAUAAGCAUAGUAUAGAAGCUUUGGACAAGACAUUGAGGGAUAUCUUAUUAACCAAAGAUGUUAAUUCUGGUAACAAGGUUUUUGGUGGUAUGACCGUGGUUUUUGGAGGUGAUUUUAGGCAAACACUACCUAUCAUUGCUAAAGGUACGAGGACGGAAAUAGUUAACAGUUCUAUCAAACAAUCAUAUUUGUGGAGUUCAAUGAUUGUCCUGAAGUUAACACAAAAUAUGCGGCUAGCCCAAGGCAAUUCUGCAAAUGGUUCAAAUCUUGAACUUGAACAUUUCAGUAAAUGGCUUUUGGAAAUUGGUGAAGGAAGGCAUAGUAAUGUUUUUGGGGAAUCGAUUAUAUCUAUACCACCAGAGAUAUCUGUAAAUCGAAGGUAAGAUCUUAUCUCUGAUAUUGUUGCUGAAAUUUAUCCAGACUUGGAUACUCGACAUAAUGAUGGCAAUUAUUUCAUCGAGCGUGCUAUCUUAGCACCACACCAUGACACUGUGUCAACUGUUAACAAUUAUGUCUUAGGACUCUUUCCCGGACAGGAGGUUACUUAUUGUAGUUGUGAUUCUAUUGAGAUUGAUGCUAAGGAAACCCAUGUCAUUGAGGAUGACUAUAAUGUUGAAUUCUUGAAUUCUUUGAAGAUUGGUAAUUUUCCAGAGCAUGAGUUGAAAUUGAAGGUCGGAUGCCCUGUUAUUCUUCUUCGAAAUAUUGAUCAAAGCACAGGUCUUUGCAAUGGAACUAGAAUGGUUGUCAAGCGAUUGGGUCAAUGGUUUAUUGAGGUUCAAAUAGUGACGGGCACUAAUGUUGGGGACACAGUUUUCCUAUCACGACUCACAUUGUCUACUCACUACAAAAGUCUGAAUUUUACGCUGGUACGAAGACAGUAUCCAAUUGCAUUAUCAUAUGCAAUGACAAUAAAUAAGAGUCAAGGUCAAACUUUGAAACAUGUGGGACUAUGUUUACAAAGCAAAAACAGGUUUUUUUCUCAUGGCCAACUUUAUGUUGCAAUGUCGCGUGUUACAUCAAAAAAUGGUCUUCAUAUUUUGAGUUGUGAUUUAGAAGGUCGACAACUAAAAACCAUGCAAAAUAUAGUCUUUAUAGAGAUAUUUGAAUAAUGAUUGGCCCGAUAAUUUCUUAGGUAUGUCAUCUUUUUCACAAGUUAUAUUUUGUUUUAAUCUUUCCAAUAUGAUAUUUAAUUUCCAAUAUCUAAUAUGUUUUAUAUUUUCUUUUAGUAGAUCGGAGCUACGUCAAAAAUAUUGGUGCAGCAAGAUGGAGAUAAAAGUCGUUGUUAUAGGAUGACAGAUAUACAAUAUUUUUUUCAUUAAGAAACAUAUCGAUGGGAUACACUUUUUGUGUCCAUUACUUUUUUUUGUUAUAUAUAUAUAUAUAUUAAUAUUUUGGUUUAGGUUUAAUUAUCAAGUUGUAUUUAUUGUAGAGUCUUUUAUUUGUUUUUUUUUUAAAUUGUGUACCAACUCCAUAACUUGACAGGCCGGUGACAAAAUGCAAAGAAUUGGACAGGCCCGGGUAUAAUUUGGCAUGUUAUUAGAUAGGCCCAAUUAAUUAAAUUCAAUUUGGACUCAGUGGAUACUCUUUACAAAUCCUAAUGUCGCUGGCCUGAGACAAGUUAUUCUCAGCAGCCGACAUGUUCUUCCCCUUUUCUGCUGAAAUUGGAAUGGUGAAUACCCUCUGCCCAUGUCUAUCAUGCCUUUCUUCUCCCUCCGUUCCUUCUCCCUUUCUGCAAAAGCUAUGAAUCUUCACAUAUUAAAUUCACAAAGAUUCAAACAAUCAAUUACCCCCUGUGUUGGCUACUCACUUGCCCAAGACACAUCUAUCUAUCAAAUCCAUUGUGCAAAGAUGAGUGUCGUUAUUACUAAAGCUCAACACCCAAUUUGGAAGAAUCCUACUUCUCUACAACAGUUCGUAUGUAUAGAGACACCCUAUAUUUGAAUCACAUCCGGAGCAAACCGACUUCUAAGCCCUGAGCAAUCUAGAUAGUAUUUUACUUUGGCGUUCGUCUAGACUUCUGUCAAGGUAAUCUUCUUUUCCAUCUUAGCACAAUCUAGCUGAAAAUUUUAAAUCCGACCUUUGUGUUCAAUUCAGAAAUUAUAUUUUAGUCAAUUUCAUUAGCUAUCUAAUUUCUAUGUUUUCUGCAUAUUUCAUUCAACCUAGAAAUAUUACAUGAAUUCGAUAGGACUAAAAAUUAUCACAUUCUAUAUGUUUUAAAAAUCUCACUGGACUUGGUGUUCUAUCCAUUUCCUUCGUGGUACACAAAAUACAGACUGAGUUUUGGAUUCGGAUUUAUGUACUCACUUACAUACAUAACCGCUGUUGUAUCACUAUCCCACGUUCAAUUCCAGAUGCCGCCCAACCGCCCUCCCCGCCUCUUAGGAUUUCAAAUUAUUAGUGCAGGUAACUGACACACAUAUAUAUAUAUACAACUACAACAACACCCAUUCAUUGUUUCUAGGAGAAGAACUCAGUUGCACAAGUUUUCAGUGAAAAAAAAACCAUAACUAUUUCGGGCUUUCUUCUGUUUCUUAGAUGUCAAUCGUACCUGUUCGGGUCAUUUCCCUUGGAGAUGAAAUGUUGACACUGAGAGUUAGACUUCUAAUAUUAUGGGGGAAAUUAACUCACACCGGUGAUGCUAUUCAUCAUCUUAGGUGUUUAUUUAUUGACAAAGAGGUAGGAAUCAUCUAUCUGCAUAUCAUUAUGUAUAUCGUUAUCCAAACCUUACUAAUUCAUAGUUAUUCUUUGUUAAGGGGGACUUGGUUGAGGCCUUCAUUCGCCGGCCUGAUGUCAAUCGAUUUCUGCCAUAUCUUUUUGAAGGAUCCAUUUAUCAAAUAUUUCGUUUUGAUAUGGAAGAGAAUAGCAGCUUGAAUUGUGUAGCAGUAAAUUUUGUCAGGCUCAUCAGAAUCAGUUGAAUCUACCAGGUAUUUGUUUUGUGCACCUGCUUGCAACUAAUAUCCAUUGUUAUGCUAAACUGGGCCUCAAAUCAAAUUUUUUUUGUCUACCAGAUUUGGUUGGUGUUAUUGUUGAAUGUGCACCCACUGAGUUCUUGCAUCCUUGCUUGGCUUUAUGGAAGAAACACAUCACCAUCCGAUUAAUUGAGUUUAUUCUGGAUUUUUUCUCUAAUUAGUUGUUUUUUUUGUAUGCAUGAAAUAACACAGAUGAAUAAUAGAUUUUUUCUUUUUUUGAUAGAGGUGUGUUAGCGAAUGUAUUUUUAUGGGAUUCAAUGAUUAGAGGCUUUGAGAAUAACAUAUCUGAUACUGAAGCUAUAGGACAGGUAUCUGUGUUCACCUCUCUGUAUAUUGAUGAGUAAGAAGGUAAUUCAACUUAAUGAAUUGCUACUGUUUGAAUUAUUAUGCAUCAGAAUGCUUAAUGUGAACACGCGAAUUAAGUGAUGUUGUGAAACAUCUCGAACUGUUAAUCAUGCGCUUACUAGAAUCUUAUCGUGUGAUGCAUCUCUGCUUGAUAAAUAGUCCAAUAUAGAAAACCCUUCUGGCAUCAUACAUCUAUUGCAUAUGUGUAAUUCGUCUAUGGAUAGCAGUAGUACUCACUGUAUAAGAGCAUAAAAUUAGUCAUUUAGAAUUAUGAAUUGGGAAUCAUAGGGAAGUGUAGUAGCGUUUGAGUGUCUUGAGUGAAAAGUACAUGUUUUUUCUACUGUUAAACUCAGUUCAGUAGGCUUUUUGUAUUCCAAAAUGUUUUGAUUCUUGGUUUUAUUGCUUCAAAUAUUAUUGCCUUUAGCUGAUGUGUUUAGCUCAUUAUCCAGCAGCAUGAUUAAAUGUCAUGAUUUUUGUUGAAUAGAAUUAGUAUGCAAAGCUAAGUGGGCCUGUAACCUGAAGCUUUGAAUUCAGAGAUUUUAUAGUGACUUUUACUGAUUCGUUUGUUUUGUCUGCACCAUAGGAUACUAUUCCUUUCGAGCAUCUCGAGCUACCAAGGUCUAUUUGAACAUUCAUUGUCCUCACCUCCAUCCUUUCUUAGAUCGGUAAUUGUUAAACAACUAUUUUUCCACUAUCAUUCUGUUUAUGCUUGAACAUCAUUGUAAUUUUAUUUGUUAUUUUUCACUACUCAAUAUAGUAAUGGUGAACUAAAUCUAGGACCAAUUGAUAUGGUAAGAGAACUUUCCUAUGAGCAAGCGGUGGGUACAUUACAAUUCACUCAUGAUGAACAUCUCAAUUUGAUGAGAUUUGACUUUGCAAAUAUGGUAAACACUGUCAAUAUCUAAACCAUCCGUGUCAAAGUCUUUCUUUGACAAGUACUAUAUGUGAUUCCAAGUUCUUAUCCUUUUUUUUUGGUUUCUUUUGAUAGGGAAAUACAUUUAUGCUUAGUGGAAGUGUAAAGGAGGUGUCUAUCUCAUGUUCACUUGAUGCUCAAUCAAGUAUUGUUUAUUUUACAAUUGAUGAUCCUAGCUCAACAUUGGAAGUCAUGUUCCCCACUGCUCAGCUGAGACAGAUUGCUGGAAAUGUCUUCACUGCAGAUAAUCUUGAUCGGGAUGUGAACUUCAGAGCCAUUCUUAGUUCCAUACAUGGAAACCCCUAUCAUUUUAUUGUCGAAGUUGGGGAGUGGAACGAAACAUCGAAUCGCUGUGAUUUGAUCCUGCUGAAGUUGUUUGCUGUAUAGGUCUUUUAGCUUUGGUAAACGAUGGUGGCCUCUUUUGCAUCUUAUUAGGGGUUUGUUUAUGGCUGUUCAACAUAUAAUUAGACUCUUUCUAUGGAUUUUUAUUUAAGUGUUAGUAUGAUUGUGCAAGAGAGUAUCCCUACCAGGUUUGAAAUGGAUUUUUAUGUAAAUAUGCAUACGUUAUUCUAUAAUCAAUUUUAUAAAUUCAUUGUUUAUGGCCUUUUGCCAGAUCAUAUGUAGAUUCGUUGCCAUUUUUGUCUAUGUUAUGGUUUCGAUAGUAUGCGUAAUAAGUCAUGCUUUUUGAACAAUUUGGGUUCAACUUUCAUCUUUAACUUUUGCAUGAUUGGGAAUUCAUUUUCCAGAAGAAAAAUUACUUAGUUUG